CCAUACCCCGCGUUUCUCUCUCUCUCUCUCUCUGUCUCUCUCUCUCUCUUCGUCUCCUCCGAUCGGAAGCGUAGGGAGGAGGAUGGGGAAGAAACCCUAGGUGGUGAUCCCUGGCCAUGAGAUUUCUGUGGUGGCGCUUGUAGGUUUGGGAUCAUCCGAUGGAUCCGUGCGGCGUCGGCGGAGCGGUCGCCGUGUUCGUACUCGUCCUAUCGAUCGCCCUCUCCGAGGCGGCCGUGCCGACGCUUCUCGGCCGAGGAGAAGGGAUCGGCGGGAAGGGCAUCGGAUUAGAAGGAGAGGAGUUGAGUCCAUGGGCGAAGGGGCUGCUGAAGCUAACCUCCGGGGCGCCGGGGCCGGAGGCGAUGGCUCCCGAUGGGAGAUUUCCCCUGAUUUUGGCGUCGAAGAGGACGAGGAGGCCCGAUGCACUCAACAGCUUCAAGCUUUACGAAGGAGGUUGGAACAUCACCAACAAGCAUUACUGGGCGUCUGUUGCAUUCACUGGAGCUCCUGGAGUUGUAUUGGCGGCGCUAUGGUUUGUUUCCUUUGGCGUUGCUUUAUUUGCUCAUUUCUGCUGCACACGGAGAAGGGGCAAAGAGAAAGAAGGCUGUUUCUAUACAGAACAUAUUAGUUUGGUCUUGCUGCUGAUCUUCACGUGUGCUGCAUCGAUUGGAUGCAUUCUUCUUUCCAUAGGGCAGGGUGAAUUCCACAAUGAAGCAUUGAAUACCUUAGAUUAUGUUGUCAACCAAUCAGAUUUCACCGUCCAAAUUCUGAUGAAUGUCACAGACUUUUUGUUCUUUGCAAAGACGAUAAAUGUGGAGGCUGUCCAUCUCCCAUUAGAUGUUCAGGAUCAAAUUGACAAAUUAAGUGGAGACUUAAAUGAUGCAGCAAGUGCAUUAUCGGAGAAAACAAAUGAAAAUGCUAUCAGAAUCAGACGAGCUGUUGGUGAUGUGCGGUACACAUUGAUAGCGGUAGCCUCAUUGAUGCUUGUGCUUGCCUUAGUUGGUUUUGUAUUAGCAAUACUUCGUUUCAAGCAUACAAUUUACAUAUUCGCAGUCAGUGGCUGGCUACUCGUGGCAAUUACUUUUGUUCUUUUUGGGAUUUUUGUUAUCAUUGAAAGUGCCGCGGCCGAUACUUGUACAGCCAUGGAUGAAUGGGUGAGGUAUCCUCAUGCAGAGACAGCUCUCAGUAGCAUUCUACCUUGUGUUGAUGAGAGGACAACCAACCAGACACUCUACCAAAGUAAAGAAGUGGUUCGCCAGCUUGUGAACAUAGUUAACACAGCAAUAUAUAGUACCACAUCAAACUCUUCGUCUCAUUUCAAUCAGUCUGGUCCUCCGGUGCCGUAUCUCUGCUCUCCCUACGAUUCUCAGCUAAAUGACCGGCCAUGUGAACCUUGGGAGGUUUCUAUUACCAAUGCAUCAGUGGUAUGGCAGAACUACACAUGCAGAGUCUCCGACUCAGGCUCGUGCACCACUGCGGGUCAGAUCACACCCGACACAUACAGCCAGCUGGAGACGGCAGCGAACGUGAGCUACGCCCUCUACCACUACGCGCCGCUCCUACUCAACCUCCAGGAUUGCAAGUUUGUCCGGGACACCUUCAGUUCCCUCACCACCCGGUACUGCCCCCGCCUCGACCUUGACCUCCGCCUCGUCUGCACGGGAUUGGCUUUAAUAGCCGUCGGAGUUUUGCUCUGUCUAAUCUUGUGGAUCUUUGUCUAUGCAAACCGCCCCCAAAGGGAGGAAGUGUUUGUGCGGUCGUCUUCGUCCGGAGCAAGCAGGAUUGCUCCAGUCACAGCAUCUCCAUAAAAAAGAGAACGACCAUUAUUGUUGAAAGCAGAAGUAGAAGCAGAGCCAAACAAACCCUUUGACAUCGUGCUAGGUCUUAAGAAAUUUGGGCGAGGCACGUGGCGGCCUCUAUCAGUAGUGGUCCUCACUGUAGGAACAGUAUACUACUAUUAUUAUGAUCUAUUCUUUUUUUUUUUUCGCCUUUUCUUCUCGCUUGCAUUGGAAGAUUCAUGUUGAAAAAGUGUUGGUCCACCAUUUUUAUUGAGCUGCUUUAAUUAGUGGUGUUACCUCUGGGUUUGAUGCAUAAAUCCUGGGACUCGGGGUUAAAGUUGAAACCGAGUACAAUGAUUCCUUGUUGCUAUUAUUGCGUUGUGGCCUCAAGGAUUUGUUUUAAAGUGGAUUCAUUUUUGUGUGUUGGGUAAUGUUAUUUUGGCCUUUUUUGGCCUAUUGUGGAUGGGGUAAAGUUAAAAGUUAAAUA